CCAACAUUGAUGCCCGCAGCUUUUGCUUAACGUGUCCAAACCAGAAGCCUACGGUUUACGGUAGCGCAAACAUUUCACGACUUACAAGCAGCCGUGCUACGAGCGAUGCGUGUUCUCUUCUAGUGAGCUUUCGAACGGGAUAUAUAUCUAUACCUGUAUCCCCUCACAACAACUACAUACAUAUCGCGCCCGCAACGCCUGUGCCGCGUCGUUUACACAAAUAGCUAUAGAGCGCCACGAUGUCUAGCGAAGAAACCGAGUUCGAUGCCGCGACCCUCCACCACGAUGCGCCAAUCAUCCACGAGCCUCGACCCAUCACCGUCGCAAUUAACCCGGUCGCGCUUGUAGUAACAGAAUGUAUCACAGUCACGUCAGCUAUGCGCAAGCAUGCUCGCUGGGCGCAUUCGUCAGUCGCAGCGAUCCUAGGCGGGUCAUCGAAUAAGACACCUGCUGUCCAGCGGCGGGACCGUACAGGACAGGGGAUAAUCAGCGGCGGAGAGCAAGAGGAGGCUGUGCCGAGUAGGUGGGGCCUGCGAGGGAAGAAAGGGAAGAGCUUGCAGGACAAUCCUCUUAUGUCUGCAUUCGCGCGCCUCAGAAAUGACCUGAAGGGCUGCAAAGAUAUCAGGACCUUCGAUACCCCUUCGAUGCUACAUCCCUUCCUCCAAGUCAUUCGCUCCUCGUCUACGUCUGCGCCGAUCACUUCGCUCGCCCUCAUCGCCAUCACCAAGUUUCUCUCCUACGGCGUCAUUGGCCAUGACUCUCCUCGCCUGCCAGAAGCGAUGCAACAGCUCUCUUCCGCCAUCACACAUUGUCGCUUCGAAGCGAGCGAUUCGGCCGCCGACGAGAUCGUACUCCUGCGUAUAUUGAAGCUGAUGGAGGGCAUGAUAUCAGGGCCUGGCGGACAGGUCUUGGGAGAUGAGAGCGUCUGCGAGAUGAUGGAGACAGGCCUGAGCAUGUGCUGUCAAGCGAGGCUUUCUGAGCUGCUUCGGCGCUCCGCGGAAAUUGCCAUGGUCUCUAUGUGCCAGGUCAUCUUCCGCAGGCUGAAGACGCUAGAGAUCGAGUCGCCAGAGGAGCUCGAGGCUCUGGAUGAAGAGCUGGAAGGACAGAACGAGCCGGACGGCCUAAAGAUGGAUCCCUCUGCGAACGGGCAGGGCGACAUUGCGCAGUCCAAAGUCGAGUCACCGCAACAACCUGGCAACUCAGAAGCAGGCACAGAGGACCGCGAAGAUGCAGCCAACCCAGCGAGCAGCACACUAGAUCUGCCCGCAACUGUAGAAGGCGAAAAGGCCCCUGUUGAAAUAAGGCCGUACUCGUUGCCAUCUAUACGAGAGCUUUUCAGAGUCCUGGUCGAUCUGCUGGACCCGCAUGACCGCCAACAUACAGAUACCAUGCGCGUUAUGGCGUUGCGCAUCGUCGACGUUGCGCUGGAAGUUGCCGGGCCUUCGAUAGCGAGCCACCCAAGUCUUGCGAACCUCGCAAAGGAUACGCUCUGCAGACACCUGUUCCAGCUCGUCAGAUCAGAUAAUAUGGCUGUGCUGAAUGAGUCUCUCCGUGUCGCAGGAACCCUCCUCGCUACUUGCAGAUAUGUGCUGAAGCUGCAACAAGAACUCUACCUCUCUUACGUGGUAGCAUGUCUCUUCCCAAGAGUCGAGAUACCUCAAGAGCCCGGGAUUGACCAGUCUUUGUACGAGGGUGUACCACAAGCCCCGAGUUUGAUCAAAUCCGCAACACAACAAGCACCUGGCAGUGGCCGCGCAACGCCAGUGCCUGUCAAGGACAGGCGGCAGCUUGGUCUCGAGGGCGGUGCUCGUAAGCCUGAUGCCAGGGAAGCUAUGGUCGAGAACCUUGGUGGGCUUGUGCGGAUACCUUCGUUCAUGGCUGAGUUGUUUGUCAACUACGAUUGCGAGAUCGAUCGCGGAGAUGUCUGCAUGGACAUUGUUGGUCUGCUCUCGCGCAACGCAUUCCCUGACUCGGCGACAUGGAGCACAGUCAACGUACCUCCACUAUGCUUGGACGCACUACUUGGCUUCGUGCAGUCGAUCGCUGAUCGUCUGGAUGAUGAUCCGGUGACCGAAGGAUUCACAAGCGCACAAGCACUGCGCGAGCAGCGACUGCGAAAGAAGAUCAUCAUUCAGGGAGCCACGAAAUUCAACGAGAAGCCAAAGGCUGGCAUCGCAUUCCUAGUAUCACAAGGUAUCAUCUCUGAUCCAGAUGACCCUAAGGCCAUUGCCGAGUUCGUCAAAGGCACAACUCGAGUCGACAAGAAGGUCCUCGGGGAAUUCCUCUCAAAGCGCGAUAACGAACCUAUACUGAAGGCUUUCAUGAAGCUGUUCGACUUCCGCGGGCUGCGCCUAGAUGAAGCUUUGAGGUUGCUCUUGCACACAUUCCGUCUUCCCGGUGAAUCUGCGCUCAUCGAGCGUAUUAUCACAGACUUCUCGGAAGAGUACUACAACGCGGCGCAACCAGAAGAGAUUGCCAACAAGGACGCAAUCUUUGUACUUACCUAUGCCGUCAUCAUGUUGAACACCGAUCAGCACAAUCCCAACCUCAAAGGCGACAAGCGCAUGAAAGUAGAGGACUUCGCGAAGAACCUCCGCGGCGUCAAUGACAACAAGAACUUCGAUCCUGAGUAUCUGCAAGCCAUUUACGACUCUAUCAAGACGCGCGAGAUCAUACUACCUGAAGAGCACAACGACCGCAACGCUUAUGACCAUGCUUGGAAAGAGCUGCUUGUCAAAGUCCAGUCGACCUCAAACAUGAUCAUUUGCGACACCAACAUCUUCGACGCAGACAUGUUCGCGGCAACAUGGAAGCCAAUUGUGGCCACACUGUCUUACGUCUUUAUGUCGGCGACUGACGACGCUGUGUUCUCGCGUGUCGUUCUGGGCUUCGACCAAUGCGCGCAGAUAGCCGCAAAGUAUGGCUUGAGUGAUGCAUUAGACCGCAUCAUCUCCAGCCUCUCGUACAUCAGUACAUUGGCACCUGACGUGCCACCCAGCACCUCGCUCAACACCGAGGUCCAGGCCGAUAAGAAGAGCGUCAUGGUCAGUGAGACCGCAGUACGCUUUGGUCGAGACGGUAGAGCACAAUUGGCAACUGUCGUCUUGUUCCAGGUCAUCAAGGGCAAUGAAGCCGGCAUACGAGAUGGAUGGAACCAUCUCAUCCGUAUCAUGGUCAACCUCUUCAUCAACUCCCUACUCCCGCCUUAUUUCCUGUCCUUCCAGAAGACACUCGCAUUACCUCCGAUACCUCUCCAGAAUCCUGCUCAGGUUAUCGAUCGAGCCGAACGCCCGACUGAUGCAGGUAUCUUCUCCGCCUUCACAUCGUACGUGUCGAGUUUCGCGAACGACGAGCCGCCAGAACCUUCAGACCAGGAGAUCGAGUACACCCUCUGCACUGUCGACACAGUCAAGGAGUGUCAUUUCGAAGACAUACUCGCAAACAUCAGUCAGCUUCCCGUCGAGGCUCUCCGGUCACUGCUUCAGUCGCUGCUGGAACACAUCCCAGAGGAUGGUGAGCCAAGGGUGAUUGUGGUCAAGCCAGAAGUACCUGGCCAAGCGCCUCGACCGAACGGCAACAAGGUCAAGGGUAAAGGACCCAUCUAUGACCCGAGCCUAGUCUUCGUCCUCGAGCUGGCGACCGUCCUUGCGCAGCGUGACGAAGAAACUGUCAAGGAGCUUGCGAAGGACGUCACAGAUGCUCUGUCCAGUGUCAUUCGUGACGCGCCCAAGCACCACCCAGUUGUAAUCGCUCGAUCUGUUUACUACCUCCUCGGUUUGCUCAAGGCCAGCAAUGAUUAUGACUUCGUCCGCGCGCCUGUGCUUCUGCACACGUUCUCAAGCUUUGAUGAAACACUGCUCAAGGAGUGCUCGCAACCGCUCCUCCACGGCUUGUCGGAAUGUUGCAAGGGCCCAGUUGCUCUCCGCAGCGAAUUAGCAGGUUCUCCGGAUUUCUGGACGAUCCUGAGCCGACUGUGUGCCGUACCUGAAGCUGCUGGUGAUGUCUUCCAGCUUGUCGAAGACCUCGCUACCUCGCCACAGCCCUGCAUCACUGCGGACAAUUACGAGGCUACAAUUGCGCUGCUCAAUGAGUUCGCUACGCAAGCACAGGUCGGUGCUCGCGAAGAACAGCUGCACGACCAGGCUGCUCGGCGUGGCAAGGGCCAGAAGCCCAAGAAGCCCGAGAGCACGGAAGUUGUUGUCCGUGGUAGCAAAGCUAUGACUAUCGUGUUCCAGCUGUCGACCAAGGUACCAGCAUUCAUCGAACAUUCACAUCUCGAAACGACCGAAGCAUGGACAGCAUACUGGUCACCCAUCCUCAAGACCCUGGCUCACCAAUGUCUGAAUCCUUGCCGCGAAAUCCGCUCCAACGCCUUCGCCUCCAUCCAGCGUACCCUACUAUCCUCUGACCUCGCCUCCCCCGACCACAAAGAAUGGACCGCAAUCUUCUCCUCGGUCCUCAUGCCUCUCAUAACCUCUCUCCUGAAGCCGGAAGUUUACCAAUCCGACCCGCUCGGCAUGAGCGAGACACGCGUCCGCGCUGCCACCCUCCUCUCAAAAGUGUUCCUGCACUACCUCGUGUUGCUGAGCGAAGUCGAAGCCGACAAGGAGUUCCUCGACCUGUGGCUCAAAAUCAUCACGAUCAUGGACCGCCUGGUCAACAGUGGGCAGGGCGACAUGGAGGAGGCGGUUGGCGAGAAUCUGAAGAAUAUGCUGCUCGUGCUGAGUAACGGAGGAUACCUCGUGUCCCCGGAUGAGGAGCCUGAGAAGGAACAGUUGUGGAGGGAGACCUGGAAGAGGAUCGACAGGUUUCAGCCGGAGUUGUUCAAGGAGUUGUUCCCCGAGGAGGCAGACAAGCCGAAGAGGAGUAAGGAUGAGAGGGGGAGUAGGGGUGAAAAGCCAAAGGAAGAGGCUGCCGAGCCGAAUGGGGAGACGAAGGAUAUGGUUGUUGGGGAGGGGAAGGAGGGGGCUGUGACGGAGAGCUAAAACUCUUGCGUUUGAGCGAAGCUUGAGUGUGUUGAGGGUGCACCUGUACUGACUCCGCCUUGCAUGUCUAUAUCGCAUCGAUAGAUCCGCAUCAUGAUGUUGUAGACGAUCAACUAGGAUAGCAUCAGUCUAUCGAGAUGAGUAUGCCAAGAGUGUUCGCAGGCUCAACAUGUCAGUUCACAAUCGUACGCGCACAGGAUGUUCGGUGCGCAUAGACAUUCAAAGACACUAAAUACAUAUAUUCAU